AUGACCACAGGAACCGAUUUCUAUACAGAAUCAUCACAGGAGAUGAAAAAUGGUGUCUCUAUGCUAACGUCAAACAACGGAAACAAUGGUGUGCAGGAGACACACCAAGCACCCAGAGUGAGACAAGACCUUCAUCCCGAUGAAUUCAUGCUUUGCGUUUGGUGGGACUGGGAGGGCAUCGGGCAUUGGGAAACUCUCGAGAAGAACCAGACGGUCAACAAGGACCUUGACGUGGCUCAACUGCGUCGAGUUAAUGAGGCUCUUCAGUCAGAAAGGCGCAACCGAGAAAGACAAGUCAUCUUGCUCCACGACAAUGCGCACCCACACACAGCAAGUGUCGUGAAAAUAACCCAUGCAGGAGCUGGGAUGGGAAGUCCUUCAGCACCCGCUGUACUCACACGACCUUGCCCCUACCGACUUCCAUCUGUUCCGCUCGCUAUCAAAUCAUAUUUCUGGGAACAUUUCGAAAAUGGAGAACACCUUGAAAACUGGCUCAAAAAUUUCUUCGAUUCCAAAACUGAUGAUUUCUGGAAGAGUGGAUUCAACAAAUUAGCUGAU